CGGGUUUUGAACGGUGGCAAGCAUGGCACCACCUGUGAGAUACUGCAUACCCGGUGAACGCCUGUGUAACUUGGAGGAAGGCAUCCCCGGCAGCGGCACCUACACCCGGCACGGAUACAUCUUUUCGUCGCUAGCAGGCUGCCUGACGAAGACCAGCGAGAACGGCGCGCUUCCCGUGGUGUCUGUGAUGAGAGAAACAGAGUCACAGUUACUUCCAGAUGUGGGAGCUGUAGUCACCUGCAAAGUCUCUAGCAUCAACUCACGUUUUGCCAAAGUACACAUCCUGUAUGUGGGAUCCACACCACUUAAAAAUGCUUUUCGAGGAACUAUCCGCAAGGAAGAUGUUCGAGCAACAGAAAAAGACAAGGUUGAAAUUUACAAGAGUUUCCGCCCAGGUGACAUAGUUUUGGCUAAAGUUAUCUCCCUAGGUGAUGCACAGUCCAAUUACCUGCUGACCACUGCUGAAAACGAGUUAGGCGUGGUGGUGGCCCACAGUGAAUCGGGGGUCCAGAUGGUUCCCAUCAGCUGGUGUGAGAUGCAAUGCCCUAAGACCCACACUAAAGAAUUCCGCAAAGUGGCCAGAGUACAGCCUGAGUUCUUACAGACCUAAGCACACUAUCCCUGGAGUCACCUCCUUCCAAAAGCGCAUGUGUGAAAAGAAGCCAAUACACCGUGCUCUUUAUUAAGGUGCCUAGAGUCGGCUUGCAGCCACCUCCUGAAGAAUGGGACAGACAUACAUUCAUGUCCUGAUGAACACCCAAGACAGGAAGACUGUUAGUUCCCAAGUUUGAGGCCAGACUGGGCUAUAUAGUAAGACUCGACGAAAAGGACAAAAAAGAAAAUGUACACCUAUUUGAAAUAUAAUUCUUGGGAAACUGAUUUUUAUUCUCUGGGCUUGUGAAUCACAUUUAAAGGCAUUGAGCAAACAAAAUCUUGUAAUACUGGAAAUAGUGUAUGUCUUUUUUAUAAGUAUAUAUAUAUGUAUGUAUUUUGCUAUGACUGGAAAAUUAUUUUCAUUUGUUAGUGUUACAGUUUUCUUAUUUGUGUGUGAAAGAGGGAGAGCAGGUGCAGCAUUUUCAUGUAGAUGGUUAGGAUUUUAACUCAGGUGCUUGGUUAGCAGCUGCCCUUAACUUUUAAGCCAUCAGCACAGUUCCUGUUCUCACUAUUUAGGUGAACUUGCAGUGAUCUUUCUGCCUCAGUCUCCCCAGUGCUGGGAUUACAUAUAUAUAUAAUACCUGACUUAAAAUAUAUCUCUAACUGGUUUUGUUUUUAAUUGUUAGUGGAGCAGGGCAUGGUGGUACACGCCUUUAAUCCCAGCACUCAGGGAGGCAGAAGCAUGUGAACUGUUGUAAGUUGGAGGCCAGUCUGGUCUACAAAGCCAGUCCAGGACAGCCAAGGCUACACAGAGAAACCCUGUCUUGAAAACACCAAAAAUUAAAUACAUAAAGUCUUGUGUUGUCUUUAGCAGAGAGAAAAGUCUAAGCAGUGUCAUGACUUGUGGAUCAGGUGUUUGCAUAGUGGCAUUCACUAACUCAACCAGCCGUAAUCAUCAAUCCCAUUGUUUUGUGUUUUAUAUGUAUGUGUGCCUGCUUGUCACUUUGAAUAAACCCCUCACUAACAAGCAUGUUUAAUGAAAA